AUGAGACUAACACCGCCGACGCUUUUUAGAUCUGAACUCCUCAGUUUCAUUUACUGGAUUGUUAUCACAGUCUCUUACGCUUGGCGGAAGAACGGCCAUUUCUCCUUUCCGAAUGAACUUGUCUAUGUCUAUUUCGUCGGUGGGCUGGUUGGAUACCUAGGCCAUGUUGCCCUUCUUCUCGCCUUCUUUUCUCUAGCUCACGCCUUAACCCAGCUCCGCAGCGGGGCCGAGAGCGACGAUUACAAAGCCUAUCACAUCGGAAGAAAGGUGGUGCUCGGCCUGUCGGCUCUAGUAACUCUGGUGGCUGUGGCAACUUUUGCCUGCGAGGUCGCUGAGACGGUUUUGUUCGAUAUUCUCCCUCGCAGAGACCGCUAUGUACCAGGCGAUUGGGACAAUGCGAUCAGGCUGGGGUUUGCCGCCCAAUACAUGGGUGUCAUCAACAUUGGCUUUCUCUUUGUUGCGGCCCUCGGCUUGCUUGGUUAUGCCGUUGUAUCCUUCAAGACGGCCAGGGGCAGUCCUACCCAAAAGGCAUCUACUCUUCUACUCAUUGCAGUCUCUCUCUGGCUCAUAACCAGACUGUAUAGCUUCAUCACCUCUAUCAUGGUGGUGACGAAUCAUUUUUGGGGCCGGGGUCCAUCGUACAUUGGAGCCGCAGUUGUCGAUGUGAUCCUCUCUGUUUGGCCAUCGUUUGCGGCUCUCAUGAUCCUCUACGUUUUAGCGUCUGACAACACGUACAGUCUCUCAAGGCUUCACUAUGAGGAAGAAGACGAUGAGCAGAGGAUUUGGGAUGAACGAACACAAAGCACUUGA